CGUGGAAUUGGAACACGAGGAAACAAGAGACUAUCGAAUAAUUGCAAUAUUUUCAAGUUUCACCUUUGAGACUCGACGGCUACCUGUCCAUCUAUCUACCCAUCCACCAUUACUCUCUCACCUUGACCAUAUUCUCUCACCUUGACCACCGACCUGACUUGACCUACUCACCUUACUUACCCAAGGUACCUCUGCACUAUUUGUUACUUGCCAGUACUUCAAACCUCAUCCGACACCCGUCCGUCGUAUUCAUACCUUCCCAGUCACCGCAUUAAACAAAUCCCUUGAAUUCCACCAAGUCGGAUCCAUCCGUCCAAGACUUCUUUUUAUUAUUCCCAAUCCCUGACAACGCCACAAAUAACCGCAGAACCCCACCAUUUUACCGCUCAUCAUCCUCGAUUCAUCAUGGCUGCUACCCAAAAAAGCCUCUGUGCCAUUCCGGCAGACCCCAUCGAGUUCCCCGCCGAUGCCAACACCCUGGAUUACGCCCGUUCCGAGGAUGCCAAAUGCCCGAUACGGCAUAUGCGCGAGCACUUUAUUUUCCCCACCCGUGCGUCGCUGAAGAAGAAGGCUCUUGAUGGGCGCCUGCCAGCAUACCCACCUAACCAUGCCAAACCUGGAGAGACAGCCACAGCCCAAAACGGCACCUCCAACACCAACGACGACAAUGUCACACCUGCCGUCUACUUUUGUGGCAACUCGCUCGGCCUGCAGCCCAAGGCCACCAGAGAUCACAUCAAUGCCCAGCUAGAGACGUGGGCGUCCAUCGGCGUCCAUGGCCACUUUACCUCGUGGGACAACUCGCCGCUCAAAUCCUGGCAGGACAUGGCCGCUGAUUGUGCCGCACAGUCGGCAUCUGUUGUCGGCGCCAGCCCAGACGAGAUCGCCAUUAUGAACACCCUGACUGCCAAUCUGCAUUUUAUGAUGGCCUCCUUCUACCGUCCCACUGAGAAGCGUCACAAGAUCAUUUCAGAGUGGAAGCCUUUUCCCAGCGACACUUACGCCAUUGCCUCCCAGAUCCAAUGGCAUGGUUUCGACACAGCCACCUCCCUGGUUGAGCUUCACCCAGAUGAGAACUACUACAUCUCGACUGAAAAGAUCCUCGCCACCAUCGAUGAGCACGCCGAAAGUACAGCCCUCCUGCUCCUGCCCGGGAUCCAGUACUGGAGCGGCCAGCUCUUCGAUAUGCCCCUGAUCACAGCCCACGCCCGCGCAAAGGGCAUCGUGGUCGGGUGGGACCUUGCCCACGCCGUCGGCAAUGUGCCUCUGAGCCUGCACGAUUGGGACGUCGACUUUGCCAUCUGGUGCACUUACAAGUACCUCAACGCCGGGCCCGGUGCCAUCGCCGGCGCCUUUGUCCACGAGAGGCAUGGAAAGGUCGACAGCGAUGGCUUCAAGCUGCGAUUGUCGGGCUGGUACGGCAACAACAAGGCCACACGUUUCAACAUGGCCAAGGACUUUGACCCCACCCCUGGCGCCCAGGGUUGGGUCGUGAGCAACCCCUCGGGCAUCGAUCUCGCUAGCUUGGGCGCCGCCCUAUCAGUCUAUAACCUGACCACCCCGGCCGACCUGAGGAAAAAGUCGCUGUGGCUGACAGCUUACGCAGAGCACCUGCUCAACGGCAUCCUCAAGGACGAGGCUGCAUCUUCCGCGGGUGAUGGGAAGAAGCCCGCAUUCAGAAUCAUCACCCCUUCCAACAAAAACGAGCGCGGCGCUCAGCUUAGCGUGCUCCUUCGGGAAGGGUUAUUGGACGUUGUGGGUGAAAAGAUGGAGGCUGCCGGUGUUGUGUGCGACAGGCGCAAGCCCGACGUGAUGCGCGUGGCGCCGGUACCCAUGUACAACUCGUAUGAGGACGUGUGGAGGUGCGUUGAUGCACUUAGGAAGGCCGUCAUGUCAUGAAGGUGAAGCAAAUGCGGUCUGUCUGUUGCUGGUCUCUCUAUCUCUUUCACUCUCUCUCUCUCUCUUUUUUCUUUUGGUCCUCCCCCCCUUUUCCCCUUUUUUAUCCAUGUGGCUUCAAGGUUGGUAAUCGUCGGGAAAUGGUCGGUUGCAUAGCGAUUUUGCGGGAAAUACAUAAAUACUAUAUAUGAUACACAAUUUUUUGAAAAUAAGCAAAAGGAUGCCAAGAAGCUAUUGUCUUGGCCUAUCUUGGCCUGGAGGGUCUUCAUCCCUUGCUUUCUUUUUUUU